AUGUCAGAUCAUCAGAGCCUUCAGAAACUAAACUACGCAAAUGUAGUUGCUUACAUCCUAAACACCCUCGUCACAUAUGGCGUGGGCGUCUCGGGACGCUUCCCAACCAACGGCGAGCUCUCUGCAAAAUACCAAACAUUGGUGACACCCGCUGGCUUUGCCUUUGCCAUUUGGGGAAUCAUCUUUACAGCCGAACUCAUAUGGUGCACUGUUCAACUACUUCCACGAUACCGAUCAAAGGCCGUCGUCCUUCAAGGCGUUGGCUUCAACUAUGUCUACGCAUGCCUGGCCCAAGUCAGUUGGACCCUAUGCUUUACGACUGAAUACAUUGCUCUUUCCUUAAUCUCGAUGGUAUCAAUCUUGAUCCCGUUGGUAUUGAUCGUGAACAAGACUUCCAAAAUUUCGAAUGAUAAUAUAUCGGACUAUUGGCUUUUGAAAUUUCCAUUUGAAAUCCAUGCCGGAUGGAUCAUGGCGGCAACUCUGGUCAAUACCAAUGUCUUCUUGGUGGCAUACCAGGCAUCACCCAGCAACCAGAUUGUGGCAGCCUGGUUCUCCUUGUUUGUACUUGCGAGUGCAGCCGUGUAUUACAUCAGCAAGAAGAAAUGGGUCGUCCCUUGCGUGUUGGUAUGGGCUUCCAAUGCCAUUCGUUUGGAACUGUCAUCACCAAAGGAUUCCAUUGCCAGCGCCUUUCCAACGGAAACCAUCCAAAGCGUCCGAGAUGCAUCUGGAGUGCUUGCUGCUAUCAUUCUUGCUACGACAGUUGCUGCUGCCGUUUAUGGGCACUUUUCUGGACCCGACGACGACGAAAUUGAAAUUCAAACCGGUGCCAACCGAGAACCCUUUGUGGACCACCACCAACAACAACAAGCCACCAGUUCUUAG